UUUUGGAUUCGGUUUUAAAUUCGACUGAACGGAAUAAAACAAGUGAUAAAAUAAAGAUUAAAAUGGCGACUAUUGACGAUUUGUACGGGUAUUCAGCUCAGUUGGAUGGCGCAAAGGACAAAAUUAGUCAACACACAGAUGUGUACAAAUCAAUACUGAAGGGUUUUGAAGGGACAUCAAAUGAGAAGAGAUUGUCAUCUCAGCUGGCUGCCAAGUACUUCAAACAUUUCACACAAUUUGCUGAAGAAACUUUGGAAUCCAUGUUUGACUUGUGCGAAGACUCAGAUGUUACAGUUCGCAAGCAAGCCAUAAAAGACCUGACAGUUAUAUGCAAAGUAACUUCAAAGAACUGCCAGAAGGUGGCUGACAUCUUGGUGCAACUCUUGCAAAGUUCUGAUAACCUGGAGGUGAGUCUCGUUCAGAUGUCUCUCAUGUCUCUCCUGAGGUUGGACACGAAGGCCACCCUGGCCGGUGUGUUUGGACAGAUCAUGCUCGGUGAUGAGGUGGUGCGCGAGAAGGCUAUCUCGUUUCUGGUUACCAAGUGCAAGGUCAUGGUCAGCGAAGAAAUACUAAGCAAGGAUGGAGCAGAGGAGUUUCUGAUCACUCAGUCCAAGAAGGUGAUGGAGGAUGUGACGGGUGAAGAAUUUGUGAGUUUCAUGAAGGUCCUCUCAUCACUCCCAAGCUUGUCAUCACUGCAAGGCAGGCAACAACUGCUCGACAUCAUAGCCGAUCAGAUUGAUCUCAAUGCCAAAGUUGAUGUGACAGAUCCAGACAACUUGAACUGCUUGAUGCAGUGUGUCGAACAGGCUUCUCACCUCUUCUCUAAGAACGUUCACUCAAAUAGAUUUGUGCAGCACAUGUGUUUGAACGUGAUGCCACAAGUUAAUGACAAAUCCAUGCCAGCUGAUAUGCUGCUGAAUGUCUUCAAGUUGCUGGCUGACAUGUCUGUCUAUUGCACAUCACUGAACGAUGCCGAUGCUUGUGUCAAGUGUAUCUACGAUCAUCUAAUUACUUACAUGCCUCAAGCCCCCAGCAACCAGACAGCUGGUGACACAAACAACUUCCCCAAGUUUGAGUUCUCGUACGUCGAGUGUCUCAUGUUUGCAUUCCACCAGCUGGCCAGACUGCAUCGCAACUUCCUCACAUCUGACCAACAUGCUGAUCGACUGAAGGACUUCAGAGCAAGGUUGCAGUACUUCGCGAGAGGCGUGCAGGCCUACAUCAAGUCGCUGAAGAGUGCUCAACCGACAGACAGCAAUCAUGAUGUGAAGAAGUUAGCUCUGAAGACGACGAUGAACAUCAACACACUGAUCAAGGACCUCUUCCACAAUCCUCCAUCCUACAAAGCCUCCAUCACUUUAUCGUACAAGGAGGAUGCUGCCGCUGACCAAUCAGACAGCAACAGACAGGGGUUGAAGAGGCAAGCAGCGCCGGCAGUGACCACAUCAUCUUCAUCCACUUCAUUCUCUGGGGUGCAGUCGAAGAGGGUUCGAACAGAACAGGCCAGAUACGCCCCACCCGGUGGCAAGUUCAGCAGAAAUCCAGACCUCAACAGAAAUGUUGCUUCUUCGCGAAAAGCAUGGUGAUGCAUGGAAGAGAUCGUAAAUAAAUAAAUUGAAUGGGACAGAAAUUAUUUUACAGAUGUAUGGUUGAUUGUUUGAUUGGUUGGUUGGUUGUUUGGUUGGUUGAUGGACUUAUUGGAUCGGAUUGUUGAUUGAUGAUGUCUGUCUGGCCUGCAUGCAAGCACGAGGUCGGAUAAAUGACAUUAGCAAAUAUUUACUGAAUUUAUUAACACCAACUGGUUGAAUUCAGAAACAAAUUUAUUAUAAUGUAGUUGGUGUCAUUUUUUUAUUUGUUCAUAUUUGUUCAACUCAUAACUUUUAGAUGGCUAACAAGCAAUGAUACAUUUUG